UUUCCAUCAUUACCUAUUGUAACCAGUGUGGUCAUUUUGUUAGAUGCAUUUUCUCGUCGUCUGAUUCAUCACGUGUUCGUUCAUUUUUCGUGUGAGAAAGUGAUAUUUGAACAGUAGAUCAUUACAUACGCGAUUAAUUAUUAUUAACAUUUAACAACAUUAUCAAGUGAAAUAUCGUGAACGAUUUCAAGUACUCCUGAAUGUCGAAUAAUUGCUUAGAACAUGGAAGUUGAGAUGAAUAUGGAACUGAAAAUGGACGACGUUAGACCACGAGUGUACGAUAUUCUUCAUCCGACUCCAGUACCAUUGAAACAACUGUCAGCUAUUGUCACUAGCUUCGAAGUAUGGCGUUAUGAAAUGAAUACUCAACGUAUCAGAAAUAAUUUAUCGGACUUUCUUGAAAAUCAAAAUCGGGAAUAUUGUAAUAUCAAGUUGAACACUAUAGUCCCCGAUAUUCCACGUGUGAUUAAUGAUCUGGUCCAAGGAUACAUCGAAAAGUUCCAACGUUCAUUAAAAGAAUGGUUCUAUAGUCAUUAUGAAACAUUCAGGUCUUAUAGUUCCUCUGAUCAUGAAAAUUGUAUUUUGAACGAUUUCGAUGAUUUCGUGACAGAUUUCAAAGGGGAUGUGGAUUAUGUUCGCACAGCCGAACGUAUGAUGCGUUGUGAUCGACUCGAUGAUACGGUAAAAUUCAAAAUCGCCUGUAUAUAUUGUUUUGAAAACGACAUCAGACGACUUUGGCCAUCUGUAUGUGAAGCAAUAACCUCGAGAGAUGUUCAUUCUUGUGAUUGUGAUGAACUGCAAUACUGGAAUUACUGGAUUCGAAUUCUCACAAAUCAGUUGGAUAAAACAGACGUUCGCGAAGAUGACCAUGUCGCGAUUUGUGAAUCAAUUUUCGUGAAUUGCGUAACUAGUGAAAAUAGAUCAUCGAUGGAGUAUUUUUGGUAUCACGUACGACCAGAUAAUCGUUUGGAGAAAACUUCAGAUUUGCUCGAUAACGAUGACGAAUGUGUUGCCAGAUUCAUUUUGCCAAAACUGGACGACCAACAGCUUUCUAAAUUUGUCAAUAAGUAUGGCCGUUUCCUUAUGACUGAAUUGUUAGAUUAUCAACUCGAUGAGGGGUUCGAUAUUGUACCAACUUGGAUGUAUAUUAGAAAUUUUAUGAACGAAAGCCAGUUUUUGGAACUUACCGAAUGCAUGUUGACAUUGUUAGCGUCCUAUGAUGGAGACAACAAUAAACUAUUUUUUUGUCGAGAAAUAUGGAACAGUGCUCCGCAUAAUUUAAAGCAAUCAGCAGUGAGAAAAAUUCUAUCUAGCACUGAAUUGUUUAAUAAGCUCGUUUCCCAGCUCAAUAAUAAUGGUAUGAAAUCAACUCCGAAGUUUGUCAAGCUCCUGUUCAACAUUCUUCCAUCUGCCUCUGUCAAUGAUAGAAACUCAUUCUGGAAUAACUGCUGGCAUCGUCUCAUUGAAGUCGCUCGAUGCAAAGUUUUGCAACAGCUUAUGAAGCUAUGCUUUGGAAACGAAGAUGAGAUUACUCAGUUUAGGGCAACUGUAAUGGCCAACAGCGAGCACCUACGUCGAUUGUGUAUUUCGUUAGUAAAUGACGUAAAUUUUGACAAAUUGAAGGACUUGGUGAAAUUCAGUCAUCCUGAGGUUCAACAAGCGAGAAAAUUUAAACAAGAAUUACUUCAGUUUACUUUGCUCGGUAAAGAUUGCCAAUUUAGUAGUUAUUACUGCCCUGUCGGAUAUUUCUAUGAUUUAAACGACUUCAUCGAUAAAACUUAUGACGACGCUAAUCUGUCUGCCGAGUUCAAAAAUCAGCUCGUAAUGUCCCCUGCAUUUGAAAAAUUCGUAUCUUUACGUGUUCGCUCGACUUACGUUCAUGAUUUAUUCGAAAUCAAGGAAUUCGUUGACGAAUUACAACUGACAGAACAAACACUAGUGCAAAUAAAAACUCGUAUUAUUGAUUCGUUCAAAGAGAGUUUAACUGGAAAUGGAUCCAAACGUGAUUUAUUGAAGAAGAGGAGUUUGGAUUAUUUUUUAUCGUGGUGUUUGGGAAGUAAUGCCGAAGUAGAAGAAUUUAGGCGUAACCAUGCUUUAAUAGUUAUUUAAGGAGACUGGUGAAUCUUGUCGGUGCAAAUUAUUUCGUAAAGUUUUUCUUCAUUACCUAGUUCAGAAUGUUUUCUGUUUCGAUGUACCUAUUUUUUUGGUUUAGUUGAGCUUUUAUUGGUCAAAUUUAAUAUUUGAUUCAGUUAGGAAUCUACUUUGUUUAUUUUUUAUACUAUGUACGAGUAAAUCGGAUAUUUAACCUGAUAGGUACUGCUUGAAUAUGAAGGGGAAAAGUUCGAAGUUCGUAUCGUGCAACUUCAUGAUUUUUAAUCCUGUUUUUUAUCGAGUUUAUUUCCACUAUGUCUUUGAAUUUUUUAAUUUUAUUUUAACAUCGGAGCAGUUUUCUUAUGUUUGUGAAAAUUGCUUUGAAAAUCGUUAGCCUUUGUGGGAGUUACGUUUAUGUCAAUUACAUCAAUAAAUGUUCAUUUAAUGAU